AUGAAUGCAAUGCUUAACUAUUUCUGCCCAGAUAUAGCACUCUGGUCUUACAAAGUUGGCUGCGACGGCCUCCUCGAUUCUACUGCGAAAGAAGAUUCCUGUGGCGUCUGCAAUGGCAACAACAUGGCCUGUCGUGUGGUUCACGCCAACAUUACGGGUGACAAGACUUUUAUGAAAUAUGGUUACAAUCCAUUGAUGAUAAUACCUAAAGGAGCGUUCAAUAUUUAUAUUAAAGAACUAAAACCCAGUAGAAACUACCUCGCUAUAAAAACCAAAUCCGGCCACGGACUUCUUAAUACUCAUUGGCAAUUAUCUUCUUAUGGAAUAAAACGGAUUCCUGGAACAGUUCUGGAUUACCAACGUCAGAGGAAUUCAUCUUGUCCUGGACAGUGUAUAUUUAUUGUGGGACCUUUAUCAGAAGAUAUCCAAAUACAGUUACUUUUCUACAGAGAGUCAUCAGAAAUUUCCUAUCAGUUCAGCGCCCAACUUGACAUGAACGGUGGGCAUUCGGAAAAGAAAAAUUCCCACACAGAGAAGCACUCUAGCUGGAAACACGGAAGUUUUUCUCGUCACCAUCAUUCCAGUAAUUCCAGAAAGCCAAUAAGUUCUCAUUCUGUAGAAAAUGAAUCGAAUGGACACCAACAUAAUGAACGUAAAAAAAUGAGAACCAAAAAUGGAAGAUAUCAUUAUGAUGAAAGUUUUAUGAGUCCUCAUCAUAGACGUCACAGAAAAAGGCCAAGAGUCCCUACAACCUUAUCCACACCUUAUCAUACAACCGUAAGUUCCGGAAAAUUCCAUGGUACAUUCGUGAGAAAGAAUAUUACAGAAAACCGAAGAUACCGUAACCAGAAUAAUAGGGGUGUAUUUAGACCGUCAAUAAAUGGAGGUGAUUAUCAAAAGCAUCAUAUUUCAAGACCGUCUAUAUAUAGAAACAGUCAUGGUGAAAACGAUGCUGUAAAUAGAAAAUUGCGGAAUAAUCCUUUCGUCUCUUCAAGACAACCUGUGCACCGAAAGUCCUCGAUUUCUCUCUCUGGCCCUCAGAAACCUCCGAUCACUUCUUUUGAAAACACGGAUACGAACCAGGACAAAAUUGUACGUAAAAAGCAACCUGUUAAGGUCAAUGGAGAUUAUCAUGGCAGAAAACUCGGAACGUCCGAAUUAGAAUUAGCUUCAUCUAAAUCUGUGGACAACUCGGGACCCGUCUCACGCUUCUUCGUAAAAUAUACCGGAGUUAAUAACAAAACUAGCACUAAUAUUGACGAUUCUACAUCCGGCUAUUCAUGGAGAAUUUCAGGAUUUACCGAGUGCACACAACCUUGUGGUGGAGGUAUAGAAAAAACUAUAAUAGUUUGCGUUAAAGACAAUACUCAAGUAUCGGUUACAGAUGAAAAUUGUGACGAAAACGACAAACCUAUUACUAAAACUGUCGCCUGCAACACACAACCCUGUAGAGCUGAGUGGGUAGCUGGGCCAUGGUCAGCUUGUAGUGCAAGUUGUGGAAUUGGCACACAAACCAGACAGAUUUUAUGUCAGCAGAGAAUGUCUGCCACCUUUAAUCUGACCGUUUCUGCAGAACAAUGUCGAGGAAAGACGAAGCCCGGCAAGACAAAAAGAGAAUGUAGUUUACAGCCUUGUCAUUUCUGGCAGGUUGGCAACUGGACCGCCUGUUCAACGUCUUGCGGUAAAGGUUUACAUCAAAGAGAAGUAUCUUGUAUGAGUAUCAACGGUAGCAGCGCUGACGAUGCCGACUGUGAGGAGAAUAAACCUUUGUCUGAAGAACUCUGUGAUAUGGGCUCCUGUGCUGUAGGAUGGUUCUAUACACACUGGCCAAAAACGUGUCCUGUUGAAUGUGGGGAGGGCUCAGUGAGACGCAAACUUCAUUGUUCAGCAGACGAUAACUCGGCACUACCUGAUGAGAGAUGUCAAAAUUUUACUAAACCACGGACCGAAAAGAAAUGUAAAUCAGAUAUACCCUGCGGUGGUAAAUGGUUCCUGGGACCUUGGUCAAAGUGUAAUGUAACCUGCGGUACCGGAUUCGAAAUCCGCAGUGUCAUUUGUAUCAAGCAGUUGAGUGGUUCCAUACAUAUGGUUGUGAAAGACAAUAACUGUGCCUUGGACGAAAAACCGAAUUCAACAAAGCCUUGUGAGUCAGAGCCGUGCGGGCCUCAAUGGUAUAUGAUGAACUGGAGUGAGUGUUCUAGGACAUGUGGUUUAGGACAUCGAACCAGAGAGGUGAAAUGCUUAACCGAAGAUAAUAAAGCUAGUCUUGACUGUGACGUCAAGAAGAAACCCAAUAAAAGAGAAAGUUGUAACAUCCAAGAGUGUAGUAUGAGUACUACUAAAGCAGCUCGGAUCUAGCAGACGACAUCUGGUGAUAUCUGCGAAAGCACACAUCGGUGAACAUUGGGACUGAUUUAUUAGUGUUCUUUUUUUUUUGUGAUACGUAUUAUACCACAACUUUAUUCAACAAUAUUCGUAAUUCAUUUGAUUGAAUUGUCUAAUAGGUAAUUUUUAAAUAGAUAUUAAGCAAAAAAAAAUCAAAAUACCUUUCAAAAGAGAAAAAUAUUUAAAAAAAAUAAAAAGCAAAAGAUUAUGUGAACACAUAAAAGACAAGGAUAAUUUUAAUGAGGAAACUUUGAUAAUUUAUAAGUAUGAAAUGCCGGAAAAAAUCAAUUCAGUACAUGAUGACGAAGACAAUUUUGCAAAAGAAUACAAAGAAAUAAAAGAAAGAAAACGGAAAAAGCUUUUAAAAUGUCUUCCAAACAUUAUAAAUAUUGAAGAAAGAGAGGAUCAACAGUCGAAAAAGGAUUUCUUCAUUAUCAAGUUUUAAAAGUCUUCGUUUUAGAAACUGUGUCAAAAAUACCAAAGUUUUUCUUCAAAUAAAUAUAAAUAUGUGAGUGAA